GGACUUCAUCCCUGUGAUGAAAUCAGCUACAAGCGAUGAGUUAAUGUUUGACCGGGACCACAAAAGCUGCACAAGGAAACCGUGUGCAAGACCUUCUCUUCCUCCUUAUUUGCUUUACAAGGAACCACUGCAUCCCAGCUGAAAACUCGUCAGUGAGUGGAAGGUAUGUCUGUGAGGACAUGUAUUGCCAGUCCAUGCCUGAAUCCUCUGGGCUGGAGCCAGGAGCAGGGGUUAGAUGUACUGCCAAGCAGACCUGCCUAGCACGGUGGAGCUUCAUGGACACUUCUGCACAUGGAUAAAAGCAUGUACACCCCCAUCUGCCUGUCCGACUACACGAAGCCGCUGCCCCCCUGCCGCUCCGUCUGCGAGCGGGCCAAGGCCGGCUGCUCGCCCAUCAUGCAGCAGUACGGCUUCGCCUGGCCCGAGAGGAUGAGCUGUGACAACCUGCCGGUGCUGGGGGACUCCGAGGUGCUUUGCAUGGGAUACAACCACACGGAAGCCACCACCCUGCCGCCUUUCUUUGGGAAGCCCACGCGCCCUGCCAAGGACAUGGCCAAAAACCUGACGCCGCUCGAUGGGCAGCGCCUCUCAGGGCUGGACUGUGGUCAGACUUGCAAGUGCAAAGCGCCCCUGAUCCCCAUCUCCAAGGAGUCCCAUCCGCUGUACAACCGCAUCAGGACCGGGAAGGUACUCAACUGUGCCAUCCCCUGCUACCAGCCCUACUUUACCCAGGAUGAGAAGACCUUCGCUACCUUCUGGAUUGGCCUCUGGUCCAUCCUCUGCUUCCUCUCCACCUCGACCACCGUGGCCACCUUCCUCAUUGAUAUGGAGCGCUUCAAGUACCCUGAGCGCCCCAUCAUCUUCCUCUCUGCCUGCUACCUCUUCGUCUCCCUGGGCUACAUCGUGCGCCUGGUGGCAGGGCACGCCAAUGUGGCUUGCAACCCAGAGCACCACCACAUCCAUUACGAGACCACGGGCCCUGCUCUCUGCACCGUGGUUUUCCUUCUCCUUUACUUCUUCGGCAUGGCCAGCUCCAUCUGGUGGGUCAUCCUGUCCCUCACCUGGUUCCUGGCUGCUGGCAUGAAGUGGGGCAACGAGGCCAUUGCCAGCUACUCGCAGUACUUCCACCUGGCUGCCUGGCUCAUCCCCAGUGCCAAAUCCAUUGCUGUACUGGCACUGAGCUCUGUUGACGGUGACCCGGUGGCUGGGGUUUGCUAUGUGGGCAACCAGAGCCUGGAGAAUCUGCGUGGCUUUGUGCUGGCACCACUAGUGGUUUAUCUCUUCACCGGCAGCCUCUUCCUGCUGGCUGGCUUCAUCUCGCUCUUUCGCAUCCGCAGCGUGAUCAAGCAGGGCGGCACCAAAACCGACAAGCUGGAGAAGCUGAUGAUCCGCAUCGGCAUCUUCACCGUGCUCUACACCGUGCCUGCCACCAUCGUCAUCGCCUGCUACAUCUACGAGCAGCACAACCGGGAGGCCUGGGAGCAGGCACAGAACUGCUCCUGCCCGGGGGACUCUCACCGCCCCAAGCCUGACUAUGCUGUCUUCAUGCUCAAGUACUUCAUGUGCCUUGUGGUGGGGAUCACCUCCGGCGUUUGGAUCUGGUCUGGCAAGACGCUGGAGUCCUGGAGGCGCUUCAGCACCCGCUGCUGCCGGGCCAGGAAGCCUGCGGGCGCCUCGGUGUACGGUGAGGCCAGCCCCGCGCUGGUGGGCAGGACGGUGCUGCCCAGCAUGGCCUCCUACCACAAGCAGGUCCCGCUGUCCCAUGUGUGACCAGAGGGAGCCUCGGUGACCCCAGCCACAGGGAGGAGAGGGUUGCGAAGACCCUGGGCCACAGAAGAGGGGGUGACAGCUGGGCCACUCCUGGCAUCUUCAGCCCCACCGUGGUGGUGCUGCCUGGGACCACGGGCACAGAGCAGCUGCAGCCCCAGGCAGGGCAGGAGGAGGUGCUGCCAAUUAUGUGGGGGCAGAAGGACGGGGUGGUCUGGAGCCUGGCACUGCCAUGUAUGCCCCAUUUGGGGUCCCACAUCCUGGCUGGGGUCCUGGGAUGCUGCUGCCUGUGGGCCAAUCAGGUGGCAGUAGGCCCUCAAGCACUGAUUUGUGUCCCACAACGAGCCUCUGGGCAGGUCUUGCUGGUGCCAGGGUGAAAGGCAGAGCUGUAGCAGGCAGGGCAGAUGGUGGCCCCCAACCCCAGGUGGCACUGCCACUGGGCUCCUCACUAAAGCCCAGAGAGUGGGUCAGGGAGAGCUGGCAGGGGGUGCUGCUUCCCUGGGUGCCCAUGGCAGAGCAGGAGCCUGUCCUCAGUGCCCCCAGAGCCCCCAGGCACACCACACAUUGAGGAGGGGAAGCCUGGGGGCCCUGGUGUGAGGCAGCCGCUGGCCCUGCUCAGGCAGCAGCACACUGAGCAGGAGGGGAGGAGCUGUGCGGGCCGGGGGCUUCAUGGGUGGUGGCAGUGCAGGAGGAAGGGGCCGUAGAGAGGAUCUGCCACAGGGACAGGGUCCCAGCUGUCUGCAGGGCAGGCAGGGACCAGGUGAUCCCCUGCGGUCCCUCCUGCCCUGGGCAAGCACAGCUGGCUCCCUUCAGUCGGGGCUCAGACCGGGCAGGAGCUGGCUCA